AUGAAGAGCAAUUGUGGAGAGGGUUCCACAUAUAAAAAUCAAGGAUAUAAAUUUUGUGAAAUUAGCAACUGUGGCACUAAAUAUGUUGAUCAAAAUGGACAAACAAAAUCACAAGGAGGUCAACAAUACAGUGCAAUAGACAAUAUGUUUUUAAAAGAAUCGAAUAAUGGGAAUGAACAUAAUUAUUUAGACCAUAUCCCAGAAAAUGCAAAAAUGUUAAAACCACUAGUUCAAGAAAAAAUCAUUGAAAUAAUGAAACCAGAAAUAGAAGAAAAAAUUAUAGAAGUUCCACAUGUUCAAUAUGUAGAAAAAUUAGUAGAAGUACCUCAUGUUAUUUUACAAGAAAAACUUAUACAUGUACCUAAACCAGUUAUACAUGAAAGAAUAAAAAAAUGCCCUAAAACUAUAUUUCAAGAAAAAAUUGUUGAAGUACCUCAAAUAAAAGUAGUAGAUAAAAUAAUAGAAGUACCACAAUAUGUAUAUCAAGAAAAAAUUAUACAAGUACCAAAAGUUAUGGUACAGGAACGAAUUAUACCAGUACCAAAAAAAGUAAUAAAAGAAAAAAUAGUUGAAAUACCUCAAAUUGAAUUAAAAAAUAUUAAUAUAGAAAAAAUUGAAGAAGUACCUGAAUAUAUUCCAGAAGUUGUUAAAAGAGAUGUUCCAUAUACACAAAUUAUAGAUAGACCAUUUCAUGUAGAAAAAAUUGUAGAAGUACCACAUGUACAACAUAUUUAUAGAAAUAUAGUUUCACCACAAUAUAGACAUAUUCCAAAACCUGUUGAAGUACCCAUGGCACAUUAUAGAACUUUUCCUGUUGAAAAAUUGGUAGAUAGAAAUGUACCUGUUCCAGUUGAAAUUCAAAUUGUUCAAGAAUUUCUAUGUCCUAAAAUUGAAGCACGAUAUAAAGAAAUACCAGUACCUGUUCAUGUUCAACGUAUUAUAGAACAUCCUAUACCAAAAGAUGCUAUGAAUAAUCCAUUCUUAUUGCCUUUAUAUUAUCAAGAAGACAAUUUUAAUGCUUCAAAAAAUGGUACUACAAAUGGUAACAACCCAAUACAAAACAAUAAAAGCUGUUUUAUGUUUAAUUGGAAUAAAAAUAAUAACCAAAAAUCUUUCAAAGGUAGAAGCAAUUCAGUCGAAUUAUUAUUACAUAAUGAUAAUAAAAAUAAUGAAUUUUUUAACAUAAAUGAUGCUAAUAUUAAUCCAAACAUAAAUUUUAAAAAUUCUAUUAAUCAAUUUAGUGGCAAUACAUUCAGAGAUAUAAAUAACAUACCUAUGGAUACUAAUAUUAUGAACAUGCAUGCUUUAGAACCCUGCCGAUCCAUAAAUCCAAUUAGUAACAGUAACAACCAAUACAACUUCAUUAACAAUCCUGCAAGUAUGAAUUAUUCCUCACCAAAUUUUAAUAGUGAAAUACCAUAUAAUACGAAUACCAGUUUAAAAAUUACAAACUCAAUGAAUUACUCCAUGGCAAACAGUUCAUUAACAAAACCCUAUCCAGUUGUUUCUCCCAUUGUACCUCCUGUUUUAAACGAGUAA